GUCCGGUGAACUUUUUCUGACUGACAGGAUCUUCUCGGGCUGGAGGACGUAUUGUGUCGUCGGAUUCAUUGCAAGUCUGCAGCAAUGAGACCUUUGUAGCUAUGUUUGAUCACAUAUCAUGCUGUCAUUUAUUUCCGAUUAUUAAUAAGUUUCUUAGCCUUGCGCGAUGGAGCCUGACGCGGGACGAGACGAUGGGAUCCUCCGUGCGCUCUGGACACCAAGGAUGUGUGUGUGAAAGUGGACGGACUGGGGUCAGUCAUGGAGCCUGAGCUGAACUGUAGCUCCCAGUGUGAUUCCCCACUCUGCUUCAUCCACUCAGGAGUCAACAGGCAGGAAGGUCUCCACAUUCUGCAGAGACUAUGCAGUCUCAGUACGAUGGCAGUGGAGCUCCCAAGGCGGUCUCUGUCCCCAGUAUUGAGUGCUGUGUUGUGGACGCUGCUCUCCUGUGGCAUCCUGCUGGCUUUCUGCUUCCUGCUCUUCACCCUGCGCUUCAAAAACAACAGGAUAGUGAAGAUGUCCAGUCCCAACCUGAAUGUCUUGACUCUCUUUGGGAGUGUGCUCACCUACAGCAGCGGCUUCUUGUUUGCCGUUGGGGAACGAUCACACUCAGAAGGUGGAGCCUCCACAGCUGUGCUACAAGCCCGGAUGUGGACUCUUUGUGUCGGAAGUACCCUGGUGUUUGGCCCGAUUUUGGGGAAGACGUGGAGACUGUACCGAGUGUUCACCCAGCGAGUGCCUGACAAGAGAGUGAUCAUCCGAGACAUCCAGCUGAUGGGCAUGGUGGCUCUGUUGAUCGUAGUGGACACGCUGGUUCUCACCACCUGGAACCUCACGGACCCGAUCGGCUGUUCACGAUCCGUCGGAGCUGUUGUCAAGGUGGUGGAAAGAGACAUUUCCUACUCUUUGUCACAGCUGGACACCUGCUCCUCUGUAUACUCUAAUCUAUGGGUUGUCAUUAUUGCUGUUCAAAAGGGUUGUCUUCUCCUCUAUGGGACUUAUCUAGCUGGGUUGACCAGCAACGUCAGCCACCCUCCCGUUAACCAGUCUCCCACCAUCAUGACAGCCGUCACUUUGGUCACCCUCUUUUCGGCUGUGGCUGUCCCUGUGUCCAUCUUCCUGCAGGCCUGGCCCAACCUGGUUUAUGGCACUGUGGCUGGAGCCAUUUUCAUCUGCACACUGGCCACCAACUGCAUGCUGUUUGUGCCUCAGCUGACCCAGUGGCGGCAGUUUGAAGAGGACCAGAACAACCCGAGUCAGAUGGCCAAGUAUUUCAGCAGCCCCAGUAAGAGCCAGCCCUCGGUGUAUAGCCAGGAUGAGAUGUACUACCUGCUGGGGGAGAACACCUCCAUGAAAAAGAUCCUUAAUGAGAAGAACGCUGUGAUCGACGGUCUGCAGGAGCAGGUGAACAACGCCAAGGAUAAACUCCUGCGACUCCUGUCAGCCAGCCGGCCACCCGAGGACCAGGACCUGGACUCUUCCGACACCAACCUCAACUCCACCUCCACUCAGACCACAGAGCUUCAGUCUGACGGCCCCUCUUCUUCUUCUCUACCUCAGAGGGACGCUAAAUCCCAACUCUCGCCGCCACAUCGCUACUCUCACCUCACUGCUGCUGCUGUUACUCCGUCCUCGGCUCCAAGCUCCUCCGCCCCCAUUCACCCUGAUGAUAUUUGUGAUAGGGAAAACCAGAGAGGCGUCUGUAGCGCUGGGCUCACAGGUAGACACACAGCUGGGAAGGGAAUAGAGGGUCAUCUCAAACAACCCUUUUCCCCUGGUUCUCUCAGGACAGCAGAAGAGACAGUUCACUUUGUCACUUCCCUACAGUCCCGUAGAGGGUUGAACCCCACUCAGUUUGAAACUUUCAACAAUCAGAGUGGCCUAACAUCCCAGCUGGGAACAAAUGCCAGACCAACUGGUUUUGUUAGCAGCGAGCAGUUGCAGGACAUCCUCCAGGAGCUGAGUGUGGAUGCAGUCAUGGAAAUUGCGCUGCGAUCACCCGUCCAGACGUCCAGAACGCUCUCUCAGCUAAAGUCUACCGAAGCCUCCGCUCUCUCCCCUCGCUCCCCUCUCUCCCCGCUCUCCCUCCGCACGCCGCGCUCCCCUCGUCCACCCGUUCUCUCCAGCUACCCCAGCAUCUCCCCCUAUGCGAUGAGGAAACGUCGGCCACCUUUCCACUCUUCCAGAAAAGGUUUGGCCGCUCCCUGUUUCUAUGCAGAGUCGGAGGCUGCUGGUUGUGAAAAGACAAGGGACAACUGUGAACACCAACAUCCAGGCAAGCGCCCUGACGGGGUCAUUGUGGAUGGUGCCCUCCUCCAGGUCCACAACCCUGACCUCGAGCUGAAGGAGGAGGAGGAGGAGGAGGAGGAGGAGGAGGAGGAGGAGGAGGAGGAGGGGAAUGAAGCGAUAAGGAAAAGUCAGAGGCAUAUUUCAAGGUCCCACAGACGCUCCGUCUUGCCCUGUGCCGUCAACACAGCUCCACCUGAUGUGGAAGCAGGUGGUGAUAAUGAGCAGCGCCAUAGACGCAUUCGAGGCUCCUGUGGCUACUGGGACUCCGACUCUAGCAGCUCAACGGACUACGGUUACUACCACCGUCCCUACUGUGACUCCUGCCUGCAGCGAGGCUCUCUCCUGUCAUCAGACAGCUCCUCUGACUCCUCUGGCAGCGAGUACGAAGGCUACACCAGCCUGUACCGCUCCCCACGCCCCGUGGUAUUCAAAGAAGACAUCAAACCCACCUUUGUGUGACCACAGGUUUACUGCACUUUACAGCUUCAUCCAUCCAUUUCCACCACUUGAAUUCAUGUCCAGCGAAAUGUCGUAUGAAAUUAGCAUUUAGCAUAAAGCAGGCACAAAGUUCAUUUUGCAUUAAGCUACUGUGCAUCUGUGAUGGGAGAUCGUCUGACUGUAGCUUUUUAUGUGUUUGGCAUUCUGUAUGAAGAGAGCUUUUUUUUUCUUUCUUGAAUCUUGCAGAGUGGUUCAUUUAUUAGAUUCAUGAACACUUUUGUAUAGCUCACAAGCACACAAUGCUGUUUACUUUUUAAUAUCACUUAUGGCAUUAUGUGUAUAUUUCUGCUGUCAUCCCUUACACUAAAAAAAAGGUCUCAGUCUGACAUUUAGGGUAACAAAUUAGUUCAAAAAUUAAUAAAUAAAAGGUUUUCACAGG